AAAUCAGAAAAGAAAAAUCAACUCAGAAAAAAAGGCCAUGCAAUUCCACGAAACUUCUAACAACAAAUUGACAAUCAUUUUCUUUUUUUCAACUCCUUGAUUUGUUGCUGUAAUGUAUUGUAUUAUCCAAUGAAAUCUUCUUACAAAGCCAACCUCCAUAACCACACACCAUGUUCACUUCCCAUAACUACCAUUAAAACAGUCCAACUUUUUUCAGAAGAAACUCACACACUCUCUUUCUCUCUCUCAAAUCUUCAUUAAUAUCUUCGGUGAGUUAGAAACAAACCAAGACUUGUGGCCGUUGGGGGCACCAUUAAUGCACUAUCCAUUUUCUUCGCACCCAUUUAAUGUUUUGUUGCAAAAGCUUCAUCUUUGUUCCGAAUCCAUCACCCCUUUUGGUCAUGUAAAACACACCACAACAUUAUACAAACAUACAACCUUAAACAUGCCAAAGCCUUGUUUCAUGCACUUUCCUGCGAGGGAAUAAAAAAGCAGAGACAUUUUUCCCGAUUGAAACAUUGAUGGAUCCGUUUCGUGGGUUGUGUCGGAGUUCAGAAGAGACGGCGGAACAGAAUCGUGUGCAGAUGAAGUCGAGUUCAGUUUAACACUCGGCGCAUGGAUCAACGGGUACAGGUUAAGUAGCGGUCUCAAAUUCAAGUCCUGGUAUGCCACUGUGUUUCGACCCAGAAGGAGAACUUUUGCAGUGAUAGUGGUUCUACUCGAGUGGAGCAGAAUUUUUGCUGUAGAGGAUAUUUGUGAAAUAAAGAAGUGAAGUUGAGUUUGUGAGAGUGAGUUUUAGGAUUCAUGGGAAUGGGGGAAAUUGCAGUGAGUGUGGUUUCAAUGUUGUUGUUGAUGGUUGGGUUAACAAUGGGAAUGCGUUUGAGUUCGACAACGGAAUGGAACGCGUUAAGGGAGCUUCGAUCGUCGUUGGGGAUUAGGGCAAAGUAUUGGCCCAUAAAAGCAGAACCGUGCGGGAACUGGACCGGAGUUCAUUGCCGGAAUGGUCGAGUUGUGGGUAUAAACGUGUCCGGUUUGAGGAGAACCCGGUGGGGUCGCCUUAACCCAAGUUUUGAAGUGGGUUCUCUUGUGAAUUUGACACUGUUGGAAUCGUUUAAUGCUUCUGGGUUCGUGCUUAAUGGGUCUAUUCCUGAGUGGUUGGGUGAGAGCAUGAAGGUGUUGGAUGUACUUGACCUUAGGCUUUGUUCUAUUAUGGGUUCGAUUCCUAAUUCAAUUGGAGAGUUGAGUAGGUUGAAGGUUUUGGUGCUUUCAGGGAAUUUUCUCACUGGUAAAAUGCCUACAACGUUUGAGAAUCUCACAAGACUGACUGUUCUUGAUCUCUCUAAUAACUCUCUUUCAGGGUAUAUGCCUGCUUCUGUGACUCAACUUGGGAAUCUCACAAGGCUUGAUCUUUCUAACAACUACUUGAGUGGGUCUGUUCCACUCAAACUGGGUGCCCUUUCUAGUUUGCAAAAUUUGAACCUUUCUGGGAAUUCUUUCACUGGGUCGGUUCCCUCUCAACUCGGUAACCUUUCUGAGUUGGUUGAGGUUGAUCUUAGCAAAAAUUUUCUGUCGGGUUCAUUUUUUGGUGAUUUAUCUUUUUCACGGCUCUCGGCCCUCGAGGUUCUCAUUCUCAGCGAGAAUUUGUUUGAUGGUGCUCUGCCUCAUAAUUUUAGCUCAACGCCCAGGUUGACCUUUCUUGAUGUGUCUUGUAACAAUCUCACUGGGACACUGCCGAAUUUCACAAGUUGGAAUGGUAGCUCUGCUGGUGUUGUGUUCAAUCUGUCAAAUAAUAUGUUCUAUGGACUUCUGAACACUUCACUGUACGAGUUUAAAACUAUUGAUUUGUCAAGUAAUUAUUUGGAAGGUGAGGUGCAAGGUGGUGGUAAUGUUAUUCUAGACAGAAAUUGCCUACAGAUGACUCCAAACCAGAGGAAUUUGGACGAGUGUAGAGCUUUUUAUGCUGCAAGAAACUUACCCUUUUCAUUCCCAGAAUCUAAGUCCAGCAGAAGGGUGGUAUUCAUACUGGUAGGAAUAUUUGGUGGGCUUGGCUUUAUUGCGGUGCUGACAUUGGUCCUUGUGCUGGUUCUAAAACAAUGUCACAAUCAUAGAAGCUCGGAAGUUCAAAGGGGGACCAAAGAAGAGGGACCUGUUCAGGAAGGGGAAAGCCCUAUACCUCCUAAGGAUGCUGAUUUUGUGCCUGGCGUGGGAGAAGCAUUUAGUUCUCAGCAAAUUAUUCGUCUAACUGACAAUUUUGCUGAAGCAAAUGUCAUAAAGAAUGGCCAUUCCGGGGUCCUCUUCUUAGGAGUCUUGGAAGGUGGAGCAACUGUGGUUGUCAAAAGGAUAGAUUUGAAUUUAUUUAAGAGAGAAUCAUAUGUCGUGGAAUUGAGACUAUUAAGUAAGGUUUCACAUGCAAGAUUGGUCCCAAUCCUGGGCCACUGCUUGGACAAUGAGAAUGAGAAAUGUAUAGUUUACAAAUACAUGCCACAUAGAGAUUUGGCUACUUCUUUGCACAGAGCCAAUGAGCCAGAUGGUAAAUUACAGUCCCUGGAUUGGAUCACGAGAUUGAAAAUUGCAAUAGGAGCUGCUGAAGGCCUAGCCUACCUACAUGAGUGCAGCCCUCCCCUUGUCCACAGGGAUGUCCAAGCUAGCAGUAUACUUCUUGAUGAUAAAUUUGAAGUGCGACUUGGAAGUUUGAGCCAGGUUACCGCCCAAGGAGAUGUUCAACAGGGAGUCAUCUCAAGGGUUUUCAACAAGCCACCAUCUACUAGUGAAGGCGAUCCUGGUAAAUCAUCAGUGACAUGCACCUACGACGUGUACUGUUUCGGGAAGAUUUUACUGGAACUCAUUACAGGUAACAUUGAAGUGAGCAAGUCAGAUGAUGGCACUACAAAAGAGUGGUUAGAGAAAACCUUGCCUUACAUCACUCUGUACGAUAAAGAACGUGUGACUAAGAUUAUUGACCCACAAUUGAUAGUGGAUGAGGACCUAUUGGAAGAGGUAUGGGCUAUGGCAAUUGUGGCUCAUGCAUGCUUGAAUCCAAAGCCUUCCAAACGUCCUCCAAUGAGACAUGUCCUGAAAGCAUUGGAGAAUCCAUUGAAGAUUGUGAGAGAAGAUAAUAGCAGCUCAGCGAGGUUGAGAUCAAACUCUUCUAGGAAAUCUUGGAGCACUGCUUUCUUUGGUAGCUGGAGACACAGUUCAUCAGACAGUGUUGUUGCCACAACACAUGCAAACAAAGAGAGUAGCAGUGACACUAAAAAAUCAAGAGUAGGCUCUCAAAGUAGUGGAAAUGAUCACUCAUCUUCCAACAAAAGGUCAUCCAAUGAAAUUUUCCCUGAACCAUUGGAAGUGCAAGAUGUGGAGGCUGGAGAGGCAGGAUAAGCACUUGUGAAAGAUUUGGUUUUUCUUUAGUCUGUGAGGUCUUUGGUUGGUGGUGCCAUAGCAGUUGCCUCUUAGUAGCAGGUGAAACUCAGUACCUAGCCAGCAUCCAUUAUGGUCUAUUUUGAAGCAAUGGAAAACCUUAAUACUGCCAGU